UCACACUUUCCGUCCUCGAAGAAACCGCUCAAAUUUCUGCUUUUAUGCAUAUGAUGACUCGUUUUUUAUCUUCUCUCUUCUGUUCUUCUUCGUUUUCCCUCUUCCAUGGCUGCCUGUCUCACUCUGCAACUUUAUCAACUUUUCAACCACUCAAAAUCCUUUGGAUUAGAUAUCAGAAGAAGGAAAGUAGACGAUGCCCUUUUGCUUUCCAAUCCCCAUGUAACAGAGGAGAGAAACGAUAGCUCUUCAGAUAAUAACCUCUUAAUUUGGUCUUGGCCUAGAUGUUACAACUCCACAAGGUGGUGUUCACUGAUAUCAGUAUCAGCUAAAGAUUCUUUUGUUAGUAUUGAUCAGAGUGAAAGCAAGAAUGAAAAUGAUGCUACUCUUACCUCAACCAGUAGGGUGAAUUGCAUGGUACGGGUAUUGCAUGAAUCUUCUUGGAGCUUUUCCCAAGCAGUUCAGUUCCUUAGGCUACCAGGAAGUGGUCCCGAGCUUGCAAUGGCUUGGCUUGGGAAGGAUGUACAUGCAUGGCAUAAGCAUAUUGCUUAUAUGGUUGCAGUUUCCGUUUUGAUGAAAACAGCAAUAGAUGUGGAGAUAUUGCUUUCACAUGAUCGACAGAAUGAAUUCUCACCUGUUAGAGAGAUAUUAACCCCAUUAAGAAAUCAGAUGAGAGAAUACAUUGAAAGCCAACUGAAAAUGAGGCAUCCUGAUUUAGUUCAGUGGUUUAGAGUCAGUGAAAUGCCACGCAUGGCAGGAUAUUUCAUUCCUCUUCUAAAGAAGUGGUCCAUAGAAUAUGCAGGAAGCGGUGUUGCAGGAAUUAUUGUGGCAAUAACCUGCUGCAAUGCAGUGGUGAAAUUCGGUUCUGAGCACAUUUCCUGCCCCUUCCUAACCUCUUCUUUCAAAGAGGUUUUAGUCAAGCUGAUGGAUCAUUCCCUUGACCUUGCCACAGUGGACAAGUUGCACCAUUUAGCAACUGAGGCAGGAUUCGAACUUAAUUUCUUGCUUCAUGUUGGGAAACAAAUUCUUCCCAGUGAGAAAAUUGAGGACCUAGAGUUUUGGAUUGAGUUGGCACAUAAGAAACUCUUGAAAGCUUUCCAUGAAGAAAGCAUCACGUCAAACAUGAAAAAUCUUCAGUGCAAGCCAGAUAGUCUGGCCACUCUGGGACUUUUUGCAUACCUUGGAAGAAGGACAAGAAUAUUUUUGUCAGCAAUGGGCAUUAAAGAUCUUGAUGAUAUGGUUCAAGACUUCCUCAGUUACCUGGAAUGUGGCAUCCUUCUCAUUUAUCCUGAGUUUUCCUCCAUUCCUGUGUAUCAGUUUUUCAUGGAGUUAGUAACUGAUGAAAUUGGGUGGCUUGAUUUUUAUGCCUCAUACUCUCAAAUAACCUGUCAAGGGAAAAGGUCCAAGCUUCAUGCUCGCCAGGCAGAGAAAGAGAUAAUUUUACAUGUAGUUUUUACCGUGUGCUAUGAUAUUUUCUCUGGCUUUGCCCACUUCACUCGCUCUACUCAGCAGCCAUUGGAGGCAAAUUUGCUAUCAUACUUGCUUCGCAGUCAGGGAUUGCUAAGCAUCUGUCUGCAAGAGCACAGGGCCGCUUAUGUCAAAUCAGGUGAAUCACUUGAUACUGUGGACUGUGCUGCCCUGAAUAACCCCACACCAAGAAUUGGAAGUAGAACUGUACGCAAGCUAUCUUUGGCCUUAGAAGCACAACAAAAAUCACGUGAUUUAACUACAGAAGGGUCUCCAAAGGGUAAUUCUCAAUUUGGUUCUACGCUACACAAGACUCCAAUUUUAGACAAGGCAACAUUUCAGCGAGGUACCUGUAUUGAAAAGGUAAAAUUUCUGUAUGAAAGUUUUAUCAAGAGAUACUGCGUCAAGUUGGUUUCCGCAACCACUGACAUCUGGAUGGGUACUCAGUUGCUCUACAUAGACAUCAAGGUUGCUCUAGAGCUACUUAUGAGGCAAGCACAUGGCUGCAAGGUUACAAGAAGGCAGAAAAAGAAGCUAGAAAGAACCAUAACCGACAUUAUCACACUGCUUCCUGUUACAAUCUUGAUGCUGCUUCCCGAACUAGGAAGCAUCAACAGCAUUUAUGAUGUUUUUGAGGCCUAGACCAUAGGCUAAGACCCAACCCCGAGGAUUACCUGUAGCGAGUUUUGAUUCCUGAAGGAGGGUACUCAACUAGAGUGGUCUCAAGAGAGAGAGGAUUAACACUGCCAAGAAAGACUACCAAACCAAUAUGGAAUUCAAACCCCUCGAACAGGGGGAUGCAUAGGCUUCUGGUCUAAAUCCCCUCAACUAGUUGAGAUGUCGAGUUCCCUAGAAAUAUCUGGUGGACCCUCAAUUAUUUUGAUUCUUGUCAGUUUCUGAUAAAAGUCUCUGUUUGAUAGCAUUUGGACUGUGUUGAACCAUCAAGUUCUUGUGGGCUAAGCAAAUAAUAGACCUGUUAGUGACAUGAAUACUUCAAUGAAAUCUUUCACCUCUUGACAUUGUUGUGGUUAAUAUAUAUUUAAUUUUUUUCAUGAAGUGGUUAGCUGUUUAAAAUCAACCUUUUAACUUGCGCACACCUUCGCAGUUACUUGGCACCAAACUUCUUUUUUAUACCGUAUGCAUAUGCUCUUUUCAUCCCAAAAUGGAAGUCACUUUGACCAACUUUAUGCAAAUCAAUAUAAUUUGUUGAAGUUAGUUAGACAUCUUGAACUUUUCAAAAAUUAUCUAAGCCUUCCAAAAUUACUCUUAUUAAAUUGUAAUCUCAUGUUAAUGAUCUCUCUCUUAAUAUCUCUCAUAAAGUGGGGUACAAACUUUGACUAUCUUCUAGAAUGUGACUUACAUUUUAGGAUGGAGAGAGACGGGGAUUACCGUAUGAGCAAUUGUUUCACAUGAAGGUCUUACAUGUGUAGAUCAGACAAGAACUGAUAAGCUGUUUCGUGUAUAUCUAUGAAGGUGCUGCUUUUUUUCAGAACAAUCUCGUUGAUAAGUAUGAUUUUCAUUCA